CGUACAACUCCCAGCAAACCUAUACUAAUACACACAUCAUAUCCACGCACCUGUCGAUAACAGGCUAUACGUAACAUUUACUUCACAGUUUGAAAGAGUGGACCACCGAAGCCACGUAAUACGUGUAAUUGGGUCUUACCCGUGUUCAACUAAAGCGGUUACAUACAUGUAGGUGUUGAUGUAAACAGUGGGACUAACGUACAAACUCCGACGAUCUGCUGAGCACCAAUACCAUUGCGUCUAAUGAGUUCGUGCCAAUAACACACGGCGAUGUAAUUGGUCCUGCUCAGAGUGUGUAGUACGUUUUGCCAAUCAUACCUCCUACUUCACCGUAGUGCCCUACUCGACCAGUCAGUGGGGAGUAUAUAAACCUCUCCGGCCAGUCGUAAACGUGAAGUGACCAGACAACUGACCACCCAUGGACCUGCUAAUUGUUCAGAAGUGUUUCGUCUUACGAGAGAGAGCAGAUGUACCGGAGCUACAUUCCUUAAACGAUAGAUAGAGGAGUUUUAACAACCUGUUGAUGUGUGUGUGGAGCACGCGGAUUAAGAUUACCGAUGUUCGUGUUACGUGCGAAGUAAAAUGUUAUCUAUCUUUGUAUUUUACUUGUCAAGCUAUAUCUAAACUAGGGGAUCUUCGUUAAAUUAUGUUAAGUGCUCCUUAGAGAGCUGAAAGGAUUUCCAUUGUCAACGCAGUUAUUUUUCGCACGUCUCGAUACAUAAAUAAUACGGUGUGUCUUCUCCACUUCGAAGGUUAAAACUUUGACCGCUUGGACAAUAAAGCCUCCAUGGCAAGGACCGAUGGGCUGACCGUGGACAAUGGUCAGAGUUAACGAGUGUACACGAUGGACAAUUGAAAGUUCGUCGGCAUCAUUACAGACUUGAAAUCUGAUAAUUGAGUGAAAACGUAUAAUGGAGAGUUCAUUGAGAAGCACGUAAAUUGAACAUAGUUCUGUGAAAUUUGAGACGUCAGCUUCUCAUAUUUACACAUUCCUACUACUUCACUGCAUUUAAACGUGCAAGAAAAGAUGUUUCAUAGUAGCACGAUGAUUCUUCGAUUGACAUAUCUAACGCUGGCUUACAUCCUAGUUUCGGCCGUGAUGUUGGCAAAAGGGGCAUCUAACUACGACCCUCCUGUACCGUCGUGUAAGGCGCUGGCUCGUCACGCUCGCGACUUCCCCACCACGGCUCCAUCACCCCCUACCAUACACGGGGUCUGGGUGUCUGACCGAUGUGAAAUUCGUCCGGGUCCCGAAUUUCUGUUGAGGAAGUAUCGCUUUAAACGUGGAAAGUUCCAACUUCAUCAAUAUUACUAUUCCGGUCCAGACUGUGCGGAACCUCUCUACGGUGUCAAAGCCCAUGGCACCAUCAAACUGCUUCGGCCAUCUUGGAUCGUACCAGGGGGCAUGGAAGCUAAAUAUCGACUACACAACGUAUCCAUAAUUCCGUUUCAGGAACGCAUCGCGAAAGAGUUUUGGUUUAAAGUGCGAGAACAAUGCCAAGGGGUGAAAGGUCACACGUGGAAGCCCUAUCGGAGUUAUCAAAUAAUGAAUUUCCCACCGUACAAGAAAUAUAGACUUCAUAAACACAGAAAUAUUGAUUAUGAUUGUACACAACUGUUCAAUCUUACAUUUCAUGAACUCCAACUUCUGAGAGUGGAAGUUCACCGUCAGAGUGGAAGAGUGGAUAAAAAUAAAAUCAGCACGUAUCCUUCUCGUUAUUCAAAAAGUUUUGAAGAGGUGAACUUAUUGUUAGGCGAUAUCCAUACGGACAGAAGCCAACGUCAUACGUAUAGGCCUUCAAGCUAUCAGACGGGACUAAGGAACUCUAAGACAAAGACCUGCCAGAUUUGCAAUGGAAUCGCUAACUCAAACGAUUAUUACCCGCCAAAAAUAGAUCGACCUAAACCCACGAAGUUCCAUUUACAAGGGGAUUGGGUAAGCUCCGGAUGCGAAACAAGACAAUACGGACAAUUUUUAACCAGAAAACUGUCGUUUCUUCAGGACGGGAAAUCGUGGCAGGGUCAAUAUGAUUUCUUUGAAGAUCCUUUAUGUCGCAAAGGGAGCUUCUCUCUGUCUGUGAAAGGGACGUACACAAGAGGGAAAGUUUCUAAGGUCAUUUCGAGGUCAAAAGAGUUAAACUUCAGACUUAUCAGGUUGAAAAUCACGCCCAAGAAUAAGCAGAUGGUGAAUACGUUAAGAAUGUAUGACGGACAUUGUGGUGUACGCAACGCUUGGAAAAUAAACGAACAACAGGAUGUGACUAGCACGGGCGGAUGUGACGUCCUUGGAAUCAUACUACCGAACGUAGAGUUCGAGAUACUACGAAUGGUUACAUCCGAACGACAAACUCUUCUCUACGUUGGGCAGUGGACUGUCAACAAUGUCCCACAUAAGAAUAAGGAGUUACGACCGACCUCCUUCCAGCAGCCUCUCGUUCGAUGCUCAGACUCAGCCCCUAAAGUCACCUCAAAUAGAAUCGAGGAUUUGCUAUCGGUUGACAAGCAUUCCCCAGUGUUUGCCAAAUUUGAGGCCAUACCUAAAUCAAACGGAGCUUUAAAAUAUCAAGCAACGUUUUGGGCUGUUUUCGUCAUUGUUAUUUGUGUGAUUGUGUCGUAACCGAGGCAGUGAGUAUUAUGGGAUGCAACUCUCGCAAGCAAUAUAAAUAUAUUUUGACCUCUUGACCCGGCUACAAUUGACAUGGAAUUCAUGAUUCAGCUACUGGAAUAAACAUAAACGCAUUGAUACUGUCAAGUAGAUCAGGGACAGAGUGUUUGAAUUCAUAUUUACUUCAGUUCCUUUCACAGACUAUAUUCUAGGAAUUCACUUGAUGCUACAACCUGUAUAGAUACAAUGACUUCCUAUAGCGCAGUAAGCCAGUGCUACUUUGUAUCGAUAUGAAACACAUGUGAUGAUCUGCACUUUAACUCGAAAGACUGAAAUGUGUACAGUAGUCAACCUGGACAUAAGUUCUUCAACGUCGAUUUCAAAAUAAGGAUAAAAACAAUUGGAAAAAUCCUUUUCCCCAUCAUACGGGCUAGUGUAGCUAGCUAGUGAAAAGUGAGUUAGCACUGUUAAGCCAGUAAGUGGGUUGUAAGAACAUGGCGAGAUAUGGAGGAAGUAUUUGCAUUUAAUUCUUAAGCGCAUGUAAGUACAAUGGAACACUGAGACUUUGUUUUACAGGGUAGAAGGUCAACAGCCAUUUUUAAUCGUGUUAUCCGGGGUUGCCUCUUUUAUCCCCCAUAAAGACUUGCAUCGCUCACAGAUUAUAUAACAAUUGGAAUUUUCGUGUUCAACUAGCAUUGUCCUACCAUUUAACAUUAUUCUUUAAAGAAAAUCAAUGUCUUAAAAGAAAUUUUUCAUUAAUUUAUCAGCAUAUGUAUAUAUUUUCAUCAUUUAAUAUAAAUCUUCUACCUGAAAUGAAUUCAACUGAUCAAGUGAAAGGGCUAUUACUGAUUUCUAAUGUCACUUGGUCAAGUUUUUCAUCAAUUUGUGAAAUGUUUUCACAUUUGAUGUAAUUAUUCAUCAAUGGGUGUAGUUAUUCAUUACCUGAUGAACUUACUCACCAAUUGAUGAAGUUAUUCAUUAUCUGAUGAAAUUAUUUAUCACCUGAUAUAAAUAUUCAUCCUGAUGAAACAAUUCAUCACGUGGUGUAAGUAUUGAUCAACUGAUAUGAUUUUUCGUUACAUAUGGAUGUGAAUCAAAUAUUCCUUUAUAUGUUGUCAUACCAAUGUUCAUCCAUGUUAUCGUAAUUUGUAUAUACACACCAGAAAUUAGGCAUUACCAGUCAAAAAACUUGUUUAUCCUUAAAAUAUUGUAUGUGUGAGAUUAUUACAAUACGUUUUGAGAAAGAUUUAUUAAAUUUACAUUAACGUGUUAUAUUUUUGAAAAUAUAACUUAACAUUCAUGUGGUUUUUUGCCAUUCAAUCUUAAUAAACAAUUAGUGAAAAUUGAAUUAUCAAAAUGGCAAAAUCAUCUGACAAUCAUAAGAGUUGCAAUAGGGGUACAAUGUAGAAGGUCAAUGCUGGUUUCUCUGAUGUCCCUAAGCAAUAGACACAGAAGGGAUAAAGACCUGAAUCUACAGGACCCCUAAUUUAGUCACCUCAAACGUUAUCUUGUAGUGGUAUACGGCAGGUUCUUUCUUUCCCAUAAGCUACAGGGCCGUAAAUGUCAGUGAUGAUGAUUGUCAUAAAGAACAAUAUUGGACUAUAAAAUUGAUUCUAAAGAGUAAUAACCCUACUCUAUUUUUAAUAUUAAGUCAAAAUGACUUCAUAUACUAUAGGUUUUUGACAUACAUGUAUUAAUCAAAAGUGUCAAUAUAUUCGAACAAGCAGAAAAAAGAUAAUUGUUGGAUUUGUAUGGCGAGUGUCAUCGAUGAAGCAGACACGCUUUAUCAUCCGGAACACCUGGUCUUAUUCUCCUUUACUUUUCCGAUGUUCUCCAUGUCGAUCUUCCAUCCGUUUAUAUUUUGUCAUAGUUUGAUCGGGUUUGAUUUCAAAUUAAGGUUUUGUUGCCAAUUCGGAUUUCGCUAGUUGUGUUAAUGUAUUUAAUUCUAUACAUAUUCAUAUUCCUGUUUUGAUAUUUUCGCGCUAAUUUACACUGCGCGAAAAGAAAGUGUUUCCAGAUGGUGAACAUUUUCAUUUAUACAGGAAGUAUGUGACCAAGCAGUAUUAUAUAAAAAAGAAAGUGCUGUCGAUAUCCGACAUGAAUCUAGCCAUCUGUUGUGUAUUGUGUUAUUGCCCUGCUAAAUUAAUGUUUGUACUUUCUACUUAUCAUUGUUCGCAUGAUAAAUUUGUGUUUAGCCAUGCCAUGCUCAAGCCGACUAUUUUGACCAUUCAAAAUGUCCGUUUCAUUUUUCUGUUUGUGAAAAACCAGAUUGUCAAAAUUGUUUACUCGGCAAAAUUUAUGAAACUGAAAUGGAGGUGACGGAUGGGUGACGGAUGGAAUGUUUCUGCUUCGGUUGAUCCAUAUGCUAUCAAAAAUGAAACUUAAAUCAUUUCUCUUGGUAUAAAUUUACAAACAGACUAAACGAUAUAUAUUGUUGUAAGGUUUUUGUGACGAGACAGUCAGACAUCUGCCUUUAAUUUGAUACAAUAGAUUGCUAGGAUAAUCCUUUGCGUGUUGCAUGCCAAUUGUCUUCAGCUGUGUGACUUACAAUAUCAGUUACUUGAUAUUUUUUAUAUACUUUUUUCAUAUUUUGUUACCCUUUCACAAUCUUAUCAACCUAAAUAUUUGAUAGUCCCUUGAUUUCGCUUUAUCACAUAUCAUAGGAUAUUUCAGAUGAUUUGAAUGCGCAAGAGCAUGAACUCUAUUCACUUUCUUUUUUUAUUAUACGGCUCAAAACAAGUUAAGCUUCAGUAAAAAAAAACAUGUGAAUGUAAUAGUUUAUACAAAGCAUCAUAUAGAAACAGAAACACGUUUGAGACUUGCAUACCAUAGCUGAACGUUCCAAUGCUGGUGAAUACAUGUACUCCAUUACAAAAUGUUACAUCACAAUAUCAUAGUUGUAAAACAUUAAAAAUCUUCCGUUUGAACAUAACUAUUCGCAUACAAAACACGUAUACUUUGAAACGAAGAAGUUAUAUGUGUUGUUUUAUAGUUACUGUAAAAUCAUAUAUUUUCGCGGUGUUGAAAUGUUUGCGUUUUUAAUGUUGUGUAAAUUACGACGAAAAUUUCUGCACGCGAAUAUUUAUAUAUGGAUUAUAUAUAUAUUGAAUAUAAUGAUUUCUGAACUAUUAACAGCUCAAAAAUGUCCACACCUCGAUCUGUUUAAAGCGUUAAUAUACGAUCAUUAAAUCACAAAUGAAAUUUCCUCUUAACAAUAAUUGUAGUUACUGACAUUUAUGAUGCUUAGAGAGAUAGAAACAAUCGUUUCACUGUUUAUUUUCAUAUACAUUGUUUUCAUCUUGAUAUUUAUCAGAAUAUGUACCAUUGAUCAUUGUUUAUAUGAAGAAUAAAUUCGGCUAAAAUGUAUCAUAUUUGACAUGACAAUUCCUAAAACUAACUCAUAUUACAUUUACUAUUAAUGUUGUUGUUGAAGGGAAUUACCCUUCAUUUUCUAAAUAUCAAUGAAGGAAUGUAUAUAUUUGAUUCGUAUUAAAAUAUUCUUGAAAAUACAAUGACGUCAUACAAAUAUACAUAAUGGCAGGGAGCAAUAAAAAACGUCAUUUCUUCUCAGUGUUUCAUAAUAUCAUUUUAUUGUUUCAGUAUUUAAAUUGAUAUAAUUGAUAAAUAAAGAUUAUUUA